AUGAGUUCCAUGUUUAAGAAGAAAGGCGGGCUUGCCUUCAAGCCCAAGGCACCGGUCGCGCGACCAAGACCAGGAGCAUCAGCACCCACCACAAAAACCGCACCACCACCCCAACCUACAAUUGAUGAAAACUCGGAGGCAUUGCCAGAGACGGUGCCGGAGGUUAUAGAAAAGGAACCAGAAACUCAUGAAAUCCCGCAAGAGGUGCCUGAAACCGCGGUCCAGGAACCAACAAAGGAAUCUGAGAAAGAAAGCCUUGUUGAACCAUCAAGGCGGACUACGAGACGGGCAUCCCAAUUAGAGUCCAGUUCACGACCACAAAUACAAAAAGAGACGCCAGCAGCCAGUGGUACGACGUCAACUACUGUUCCUGCUACGGAACCACCAAAAGCCGAUACUCCGUCACAAUCAGCACCGAGCGCGCGAACGAGACGUCAAUCAGCCGCCAAACCACCACCAAGAACUUCAAUAGAAACCCCCGAACAAUCCACAUCAUCAGAAGAAGGCGGCGCAGCCAGGGCUACAGCGCCAGCGAGAGAAACACAGAGCUCAUCUGCAACUGCUUCAGAAGAGCCCACAUCCGCCUCCAGAACAACCACCAGAACGAGGGCCAGGAGACCAUCAACCGCUCCCGCAGAUGCCACCACAUCUGCACCAGAAGGCGAGCCUUCACGGUCUAAGAAGCGCCAGCGAAAAGCACCCCGACAACAAGACGGCACCGAAGCCCCCGCACCACGAAAGCGCAAGACUGGCACGCCCAAUGCCAUCAGAUCACGAUCCAGUUCCCGCCGAGCCCGCUCUCUUACCCCCGAAGACGCAGAGGACCAGGUCGUCGACCUGCAAAAGCUCAAAAUGUCUGACUUAACACGGGACUUGCGAAUCGGCAAGAAAUUUAGUCGCCACGACGAACUGCGCGAGCGCGAGCGCAAAGCGCGUUUAAAAUCCAAACUCGACAAGGACGGCGACACCCCCAGCGAAGCAGGCGUCGACGGCACACAAUCCCCGGCACCAGGCUCAACGGACGGCACAACCACCAAAGCCAACACCGGUCCUCAGUUCCGUAUUGUCGACGGCCAAAUCAUCGUCGACCAGUCCUCCCUCGUCAUGGACCGGCACGCCCGCGCCGCCGCCGCCCGCGCAAACGAGGACAUGGAAACCAUUGAAGAAAACGACUUCACACGGCUCAUCACCUCGUCCUCAUUCAUGAACACCUCCAAGCUCAGGGGCCCCAACGUCUGGACGGAUCCCGAGACAGAGCUCUUCUACCGCGGCCUGCGCAUGUUCGGCACAGAGUUCGAAAUGAUUUCCAAAAUGUUUCCCGGCAAACAGCGCCGCCACGUCAAACUCAAAUUCAACCGCGAGGAACGGCACAACCCGAAACUCAUUGACGCCGCGCUCACCGGUGAGAAGACUAUAAAGAUGGACAUUGACGAGUACCGCGCAUUCACAGGUGCGGAAUACGAAUCCUUGGAGUCGAUUGAGGCGGAGCACCGCAAGAUUCAGGAGACGUACGAGGCGGAGAGGCAGAGGGUGGCAGAUGAACAGGCGGAGAUUAUGAGAAAGAAGAAGGAGGAGCUGUUUGCGGACGAGGACGGCGAGGAUGGCGGGCUCAAGAAGAAAGGGAAGGGCAAGAAGAAGGGAAAGAAGACGGUUCAGUACGGUUUAAAUGGCGAGCCAAUCACAGAGGAUUGA